GCUCACCCCGUCAGCAUGGCGCAGGCGGGGAGCCUUGUACGCCUGCCCCCAGCCGAGGGCUGCACCGCCUCACCCACACCUUUCUCCCACCAUGGGGACCGCAGGCCCUGGCCACCUAUCUCCUCCAGCCCUGAACCAGGCCGGCACAGCCCCCCACGCUGCCUCACCCCCAACCUCAAUGCUGGUCGCCUGCACCUCCUGCGCAAAGGCCUGGCCCCCGAGACCCGCCGCUGCCCCCCUGGCCUCUACAACAGCACCGGCUCCUUGGCUCGCAAGCCAACAGAGAUGGGGUCUUUUGGCAACGGGGGCUGCCCAGGUGGGGGGCGGCUGACAGCCCCCUGCACCCCUCGGAGGGGCCAUCCCGCCCCGAGUCUCACGUCGCCCGGCAGCCGCAGCCCACUGGUGGCCCCAGAGGGACGCAGCUCCGUUGUCACCUUCCGCUUCAUCGAGAAGGCCAGCGUGCGGCCCCUCAGCGGGCCGCAGGAGAACGGCCCGGCAGAGCCCGCUGGGGGCUGGCGUGUGCCACCUGGGCAGCCCCAGCCCCAGGAACAGCUGCUCCGCAGACUGAAGCUGGAGGCCUCUGCGUCUGACCCGCUCCUGGCUGGCUGCAGGUCCCCAGGGGAGACACGUCCCCACGAAGGCAGAAGGGAUCCCCAUUCUCUCACCACCGGCUGCCUCUUUGGCUCCCUCACCAAUGGGCUGAAGGCCCCGCCACAGGACGUCCCCACCAGCCCCCGGCCCCAGGGCAGCGCCUGGCCGUGCCCCCGGCAGAGCUCAGCUCAUGCCCAGCGCAUCGCCCGUGCCAAGUGGGAGUUUUUCUAUGGCUCGCUGGGUGCCCCGAAAACAGGCUCCUCAGCCUCCAACACUGAGCCUCCACUGCAGCCCAGCCACCCACUGCCUGCAGAGCCACCCGGCUCGCUUCCCAAGCAUGGCCUGAGCCAUGUGGAGGUGGAGAUCGAGGUGUCCCCAGCAGGCAGCAAGGAGCAGGGCUCCUGUGAGACGGGCAUCAUUAGGAGGGCUGUGAAGUACUCCGAGACAGAUCUGGACACCGUGCCGCUCCGCUGCUACCGCGAAACCAACAUUGACGACAUCCUGGCUGAGAGGGAUGAGGUGGAUUCUGCUAUUGAAAGCCAGAAGGACAGCGAGAGCAACCCCAGCUUUGCAGGGACUCCAGGCAGGAGGGACAGCAUGCCUGAGGGGAACCCUGAGCACGGUAACCCGAGCACAAAGGAUGGAAUGCACGACAGAGACGACGCAGAUGAGGACGACGAGGUGUUUGAGGCCACGAUGAAGGAGAGCAGGGAAAGGAUCAUGGAUCGAGACACACAGGGUAUGCUCAAGUCUCCAGUGCCCUUCCUGCUAGGGCACAGCCUCUCCAAGGAUGGCAUGGACUCUUUCAGCAAGCAUUUUGAGAGCAUCAUGGAGUCCCAUCGAGCCAAAGGCACAUCUUACACCAGCCUGGACUCCAUUGACAUCCUCUCCUCCCCAGCCCACACUCAUGGGACCGUUUUCACUUUUGAUCUCCCAACCCUCACCCCAGAAGUACAGGGACAGAUCCGAGACAGUGUGAAGCUGAUCGAGGAGAACUUUGCUCCUCUGGCUCACUUGGAGCCGGACUCUGGGACCAGUUCAGCCACCGAUGCCCCCUGGACUGAGAGGGAGGAGGAGAGGGGGAGGCGAAGGAAGGGUGCUCGGCACAGCCCUUGCUGCUCAGAGGACAGCUUUGGUACUCCCUUGGCCUCCAACAUGAGCGAGCACCCCCUGAGCCAGCUGGUUUCUGACUCGGACUCAGAGAUGGACAGCAUAGAGCAGCUGGCGCUGGGCAGCACCGACACGCUCUCCAAUGGGCACAAGGCUGAUCUGGAGGCUGCCAAACGUCUGGCCAAGCGGCUCUACAACCUGGAUGGCUUUAAAAAAGCAGAUGUGGCCCGCCACUUGGGGAAGAACAACGAAUUCAGCAAGAUGGUGGCAGGGGAAUAUCUGAAGUUCUUCGUGUUCACAGGGAUGAGCCUGGACCAGGCCCUCAGGUCCUUCCUAAAGGAGCUGGCCCUGAUGGGAGAGACACAGGAGCGAGAGCGAGUGCUGGCUCAUUUUUCCCAGCGCUAUUAUGAGUGCAAUCCCAAUGCCAUCUCCUCUGAGGACGGAGCCCACACCCUGACCUGUGCCCUGAUGUUGCUGAACACAGAUCUGCAUGGACACAACAUCGGAAAAAGAAUGUCCUGUUCUGACUUCAUUGGCAACUUGGAAGGGCUCAAUGGAGGCACUGAUUUCCCCAAGGAGCUGCUCAAGCUGAAACACAGGCACGGGCCCUGCCUUGCUGAACACAGCAAGAGUCAGAGAGUGUGGAGGCCCUGGGAAGAGGGGGUGGGCAGUCUGCAGCACCCUGGGGCACUGUAUGGCUCCAUCAAGAACGAGAAGCUGCAGUGGGCCAUAGACGAGGAGGAGCUGAGGAAGUCCCUUUCAGAGCUGGCUGAUCCCAAACCUAAGUCCAUCAAACGCAUCAGCAGCUGCAGUAACCCCUUCCUGGACUUCUCCCAGGACUCCAGCAUCGCCACCUACAAGCACGGACUGUUAGUGCGCAAGAUCCAUGCUGAUCCCGACUGCAAGAAAACCCCCCGAGGGAAGCGCGGCUGGAAGCCUUUCCACGCCAUCCUGAAAGGGAUGAUUCUCUAUCUGCAGAAGGAGGAAUACAAGCCAGGGAAGGCGCUGGCAGAAGAGGAGCUGAAGAACGCCAUUAGCAUCCACCACUCGCUUGCCACACGGGCAUCAGACUACAGCAAGAGGCCCAACGUCUUCUACCUCAGGACAGCUGACUGGAGAGUCUUUCUCUUCCAAGCACAGAACUCCGAGCAGAUGCACUCGUGGAUCACACGCAUCAACGUGGUGGCAGCCAUGUUCUCUGCACCCCCCUUCCCCGCUGCCAUCGGCUCCCAGAAGAAGUUCAGCCGCCCGCUGCUCCCCAGCUCCUGCACCCGGCUGUCCCAGGAUGAGCAAGUGAAGAGCCAUGAGUCCAAGUUCAAGACGAUGUCAGCAGAGCUACUGGAGCACCGCUCCUCUCUGCCGGAUAAGAAGGUGAAGGGCAAGGAGUACGAGGAGCUGAAGCAGAAGGAGGAGUACCUGGAGUUUGAGAAAUCCCGCUACGGCACCUACGCCAUGCUGCUGCGGGCCAAGCUGAAGGCUGGCUCUGAGGACCUGGCGGCGUUUGAAUCCACGCUCUUUGACGCAGCAGGCGGUGAGGAUGAUGGCCUGAAAAAAUCCCGCUCCAGCCCCUCGCUGAACGCCGAGCCCUCCAGCACAGGCACCAAGGUGAAGCGCAACAUCUCAGAGCGUGCCAGCCGCCAGCCCCCCGGCCACCCCCAGAAAUCAUAAGCCAGGGGCAUCAGCCGCCUGCGCUGCAGCUCCGAUCCUGCCCAAGGGCGCUGGGUGGGUGCCACAUACCUGCUGGGACCCUGCAUGAGUCCAUCCUCCAGGGGCACGAGUCACGGUGGGGACAGCCAUACUCGGCCACCAACAGCAGUCCGGUGGCCCCUGGGCCAGAGACAGAUGUAGGGCAGGACCAAGGGGCUGCAGGUCGGAGCUGCCCCACGGACUCAUUCCUGCUCCCCUUGUUCUGUGCUUGGCUGCAGGCUCCCCUCCAGCUCCCCACCCCCGGGAGGGGCAGGGACUGACACCCCCUGACUGGGCUACUUUCCUUGGUGUAAAACUGCAGCGCAGCCGCCAGCUGCUUUCCUCAAGCUCCUUUAUGCCAUGUGGAAUGGAGCCAUCCCUGGCCCCCAACUCCAAGGGCUGGGGGAACCCAGGUCCCCCUCCCCACUGCCCCCAUGCCUCUUGCUUUCUUACAACUUUUGGACGGUUUUUGUGAUACAGUUUUGCACUUUUUAGUACCAGAUUGAGCUGACCACCAGGGAGUUUUUUGGGGGGCUAAUUUUGAUGCUUUUUGGGAACUAUUUAAAAACAAACAAAACAACAAACAGAAAAACAGUGCACCAAACUCAGCCACGUCCUGUAGACCGUGCACUUCUAGGGGGGAAAUGUUUUUACAUGGACUCAAAGAAGGACGCAGAACCCCCCCAGACAGUGAGCUGAGCAUCACUGGUGUGCUGCGAGCCCCCACCCUGCACCAGCAGCCCUCCUGCAGAGCCCUGAGCUGAGCAGCAUUGCCUACAUGCUGGCUCUUUACGAAUGUGGGCACAGCUCUGCAGUCUGGACGUGGCCCUGGGUCCUGCCUGGACGUGCAUUGGGCAGAGGUGGGUAUGGGGUGGGGGAUGGAGAGAAGGGGGCUUUCCUUCCAGUGCCACUUCUCCAAAGCAUCACAAGGGCCUUGGAGGAUGCAAAGCUGAGUGCCGCUCCAAUAAGAAGAGGAGGAGCAGAGGCUGGAGAGCCUUCUCUUUGGCUGCAGGCUCUCGGUUCCCAGGCAUGCCCACAGGGUGAGCACGGCCGGGAGGACGCUUGGAGCAAACACUGGUGCUCACGUAGCCGCAGGAGCACUGGAGGCAGAUGGCAGGCACUGGGGCUGGAGAAGGGCUGGGGGCUGCCGCUGCUCCUGGUGCGUGGGACCUCGCCAGUUUCAGCACUAUGCGAAUGUGUCAAACUUUUUAUUCUGCUCUUUUGAGUCUAUUGCAAAAAAAAAAAAAAAAAAGAAGAAAAAAGAAAAAAAAUAA